CGUCACACUUCAUAUUCAUUUUGUUACUUUGGAUAUCAGUCCUAGAGCAAUUUUUACGUUCCAACAAUUUCUGCAAAAUUAGCCGUCACCUGCGGUCGACGAAAAUAUAUUGAAAAUGGGCCUGAAACGUUUUGUUUCUUCUCUGUUGCGAAAGGCACCAAUCCGUUCAUCGGAGCCCGGGAAAUUGGCUGCCGGUUGCCCAGCCGUAUUCAACGAAGAUGGCAUGUGGAGUGCCAAGUUCAUCAUGAAAAAAAACGGAGAACAGGACAUGAAUUCCGGACAUGUGGUCAAGCACCAGUCCAGCCGCAAGGACGCCGAACUGACGCCCUCGUCUGGACUCUCUCGCAAGCGUUCUUGGCUGCAGAGACGUACAAUUUCCGUUUCCUAGUAGACCAUGUGGUCAAGCCUCCUGAAAUGUCAAAUCUGCAAUUUCAUAUUUAGCCCGCAGAACAUUGCAGAUGUGCCUAAUUCACAUUCUGAUGUGCAAAGUAAAUAAUUGAAUAUGUUAA